AUGCACAGCCGUAGCAGGAGGGGGGUGGGGCGAGGGGGGCUGAAGAUGUCGGUGCAAACACCCCCGAAGCCCAAGGAGCCCGAGUUUGGCGAAGGUCGUGUCGCCGACGAGGAGCUGCUUAGCGUCAUCGAACUAGCUGGCCGGAAGGCAGCGGCGGCUGGGUUCCUCCCGGUGCUUGGGGCGAAGGCCAAAGAAGAGCAGGACAUCAUGUGGAAGCUGAAGGUUAGCCCCGAAGACGUGCUGGCGUUCGCCGACCGGGCUAUCGACACCGCCGAGGACGUCUUCAUGCACGCGACCCGAGCCUUCAAGCCCGCCGCCAGGAUGAACCUCCCCCUGCAGGACGGGGAAGACGCACCUCCGCUAACGGCGACGAAAAAAGAGAGGAUCGUGGUCCUAGGGACGGGCUGGGGCGGACACGCCAUCAGCAAGGUGAUUGACAGCGACAAGUACGAGGUGAUCUACGUGUCGCCGCGCAACUACUUCGUCUUCACGCCCAUGCUCGCCGCGGCGUCCGUCGGCACCGUGGACGUGCGGAGCAUCACGGAGCCCAUCAGAAUGGCCAACCCUUGCGUCAAGUACGUGAGCGGGGAGGUUAUCGACAUCAAGCCCGGAGACAAAAAGGUGGUAGUAGCCCUCCCUUCCCCGCAAGAGAAACGUCCCCCUCAAAUGCCUGUGAGCGCCGCCUCCGUAGCCCCGAACGUGCCGCCCCUGGUACACUCCAAGAGCCCGGCGGAGGGUGCAACGGCGGCGACCGGCGGCGGUGCCCUGAGCCGUGCUGGCGAGGGCUCUCUGAGCCAGGAGCCGCUCGCUAGUCUCGACGACGCCAAGCCGCUGAUGGAGCUCUCUUACGACAAGCUCGUGUACGCGGUGGGCACCAAGACGGGGACGUUCGGGGUGCCGGGGGUGCGGGAGAACUGCUACAUGCUCAAGGAGGCAAACGACGCGCGGCAGCUCCGCGCUGCCAUCGUGAACGUCCUCGAGGAGGCGUGCUUGCCCGGGGUCACAGACGAGGAGAAGCGAAAAUUGCUGUCCUUCGUGGUCAUCGGGGCCGGUCCCACCGGAGUAGAGUUCACCGGGGAGCUGACGGACCUCAUCGGAAACGACGUCCCCAGGCUGUUCCCCGAGCUGGUCGGUCUCAUCAAUCUCACCGUCGUUUCCUCGGGGAAGGUUUUGCCCAUGUUUGAGGAGGUGCUGCAAGACAGAGGGCUGAACCUCCUCCAGUCCCAGGGCAUUGAGAUCCUGCUAGGGAGCGCGGCAUCGGAGGUCACCAAGGAAGAGGUUGUCCUGAAGAAUGGAAAGCGCAUCCCUUACGGCCUUUGCUUCUGGGCAGGGGGCACAGAGGCGCGCCCUCUGACGCAGAGUCUGAUCGAGACCAUCGGCCCCGAGCAGACGGAUGCAAGCGGAAGUAAGAGGGGACAGAUCACAGUGGACGGAUACAUGCGCGCGUUGGGCACCAACGGGACGAUCUUGGCGCUGGGUGACGCUUCGAGCAUACAGGGAGUAAAGAUGCCGACGACUGGGCAGGUGGCCGCCCAAGAAGGGGCGUACGUGGCUCGUUUGCUCAACAGGGGCUACGACACCUCGGUGGAAGCGGCACCAACGAUGACCGGCUACGACAACAGCACCGCCGGCCAGAUGGAAAAGGCGGUGGACUUCUUCAGGCUGAGGGGACGCUUGUCGGCGUCGCCGUUCCACUUCAUCAACCUCGGAGUCUUGGCGUACAUCGGAAUGGGACAGGCGGUAGCGGAGGUUAAGGUAGGGAAAGACACCCCGGUGCUCGACGCUGCGGGAAAAGCAGGGUUCUUCUUGUGGAGGUCGACGUACGUCGUCAAACAGGUUAGCCCGCGCAACCGCAUCAACGUUGCCGUGGACUGGUUGAAGGUCAGGUUUUUCGGUCGUGAUAUCACACGACUCUGAUAUGGAGACCACGACGUCAAACGUGCGGGAUUCAUUCUUCGUGUUUUCUCAAACAGAGCUUGGGGUUUGCAUGCAUGCCCGCGGGACAGCGCGCAUAUCUGGGGGGUCGAUCGCCCGCCAGCAGUAAGCGUAUGGCGCUGGGGUUUCCGCCAUUUGCCAUGUGUCUCUGUGGGUAUGUGGUGGUCGGUUUUCACUAGGACGCUGAGCCGAAUGGUUGAGUAAGCUCCUUCGGUCAUGUGUGUCGAGGAGUUGCCCACAGCAGCGUUAGACCGUGGGUGCAACUCUGUUUCUGUUGACCUUGUACAUAAUAGUGAAUGGGUGGCGAAUUGGCCGAGCAAACACAAAGGCACUGGUAUGCGUCUGUAUCCAAGGUAAACCAUUGGAAUAGCGUAUGACCAACAGCCACGGGGGCCAUCCUGGGGGUAUUUCGUCGGAAGGGGUCGAGGUAUAACCUUUUCGAAAAACUUGCCGGAUCUUGGAGCCAAAAAAAGGCCAGAGCGACUCUCCAAAAAAGGGUGUAGACGUCAGCGUAAUAGUAUGCACGGCACCCGCGAAGGUUUUCCUGAGGCAGUUUGUUUGUGUUUUCCCAGGGGCCGGCGCUUCGUUAUUCCAUGAUAGUGAUUCGCAUGCAGGACGCGCUGCGUGUGUUAUCUUUUCGAGCGGCUUUGACGUGGCCGCGAGAAUCGUGAGAGCCGCGGUAAGGCUAAGACUGAAGUAGACGACGGGGCAACACGAACAGCGUAUGUCAGGUCCGUGUGUCAGGGGGAACACUUCGAGGAAGUUCCGUUACAUGUUCCGCUGUGUGUGCUGUUGCGUGUACUGCUGUGUUUUUGCCGUGGACGUCACCCGUUGUUUUAUCCUUUGUGAGUUAAAGAUGCUUUGGUGCAUGGUGGUGUAAAGAGGCGACUGCUCCGUGCAUUUUGGCGCCAAUAAUUUUUAUGUUUUCGUUUGAAGUGUAGGAGUGUGUGAAGUUUCGAGUGAAGUGCCCUCCCCUUCUAUGGGGUCGGUGCGAAAACGUUGAGCCUAACGAACUUAACUGCGCGGAGAAGGGGAUGGCACCCCGUCACCGAGACAAGCGCUAGGCUAUGGUCACCAGGAACCGAACAGUGGAGGCUGUCAGUGGUUGUGAAGCUUGUUGGUCCGGAGAGUGUGCCCUUGCCGCAGCCAACAGCACCCAAAGAGUGAUGUGGCGUUCUCGAUUGUUGCGAUGCAGCAGAGUGUGAGUAGUUGGCUUUCGACCAUCGGCAGAGGGUUGUCAUUCUCGGAUAUGACAUGUCUUUCGGACACGUGCCGUCGAAUUACUUGUGCAGGGAAUCCUCAUCCUCUGCGAUCGAUGCAUUGCCGUCCUGAGUAUUCCGUCAUCGUGGCGUUGAGAAGUUAAUGUUCGUGAUGCCCAUGAGAUUCGGUCAUCGCUGUGAGUCUCCGUCUGUGCCAAGGGCUGCGUUUUAUCGUUUCGUCCUUGUGGAGUCGUUGCAAGGAUGCAAAGAGAAGGGUUCCAUGGUUGUAUUAGCAUUCGGCUGGUCCCGGCCGGUGCAAGCGCUGACCAAAUUUUGCUGCUUUGUUGGAAGCACGGGGAACGACGCGGCGGGCAUCAGCACCCAAAAGGAGUUCAGUCCUCGACGGCCGUGCACGGCUGUCCGAAACGUUUCACAAGUCACGGGUCAGCGCGCCGCACUGUCGUCACAAUACCACAUUCAGACUCCCGUUGGUGUCUCCGACAGAACACCAUCAGCGGCUAGGUUGGGUAGGUUGGGAGUUCUAAUGUCGGCGAGGUGUGUUCGUUGUGUGUUCUUUCGGUUUGGUGCCUAGAAACGGUGCGCUUGCUCUGUUUGUUCGAUAGUGCACAUUGGAUGGAACUGUCGCGUGCUCCUUCAUCAGAAUCAAGCCAAGUACUGCAGAAUGAAACGUGUUACCGG